AUGACGCCGUUGCAUCAGUGGACUGCACUGGUCGCGGCUGUGCUGGUAAUCAGUGGCCACGUGGCCAGUGCUCAAAGUCUAUGCGACACACCGCAGUGCGAGUGCGAUGACUCCCAGUCACAAGUCCGGUGCUCGUGCCGCAAAGUGCCUCACGAAUCGCAGGAUCUCGUGUUGAAAGCUCAAGGACCGGGACACGUGCCACGAGUGGCCACCAAUGUGAUCGUGACGCAAUGCGAUAGGGUCAAAGUGAUGGCCAUGGCGUUCGACGGGGCAAGGUCGCUGUGGACCGUGGAAAUCGAAUCGGUGAGCCGGCUGGAAAUGGCGGCCGAAGCGUUCGGUUGGUCGGAAAACGGUGGCGGUGGCACGGGACAGCCGCCACAGCAACCGCAGCACCAUCACCACCAGGGCCUCACGGUGUCCAUCACGAACGUGACAUCAGUGCCGGAGCUGCCCAGCUACGCGUUCCGCGGCCGACUACGGUCGGCCACGUUCAACAGAGUCCGGAUCGACGUGGUCCGGGCGUUCGCGUUCAGCAGCCUGACCGGGACGACGGGCCGGAUCGAGUUCAGGGACACAGUAUUCGGACAGGUGGAGCAGCAGGCGUUCAAGAAGUUCGCCGUUAACGAGUUUGUGUUAAAGGGGUGCCGGUUCGAGGGUGCGGCGCCCAGCCGCAUGCUCACAGAGAUCACGGUGCACGACGAGCUCCAUCUGGACGACGUGACGUUCCAGGUGGUCGAGAGCUAUGCGUUUCGCGUGCACGGGCCCAAGGUGUUCCGGGUACAGAACAGCCGGGCGGAGUGCGUGAGGAGCGGUGCGUUCGAGGUCAAGUGCCGGGGGCCCGCGUUCGUCGAAGACAACGCGUUCGGCCGGCUGGAGCGCGGCGCAUUCGCCGGGGUCACAGUGGACGCGCACAAGGUAGCCGAGGCCGAUUAUCAGGAGUUCGUGUUCGAGAACAACACGGUGGCCGAAUUCGAGAACGACGCGUUGGUGUUCGACACCAACGGGUUCAGGCCACGCAUGGACUGGCUAAUCGUGGGACGGGCGUGCGGGUGCCCGGCACGGUGGCGCACCGACCUGGUGGCAUUCUCCAAGGACUAUCCGCGGAACACCGACCGUCCCAGUUGGGUGGUUGAGCAGACAGCGUGGUGCGCGACACCGGACGACGACGGCGUCGGCAACUUCGGUCAGCUGGUCAAAGCGCAGCAGUACGACGAGGCGCAUUGCUCGGCGGGUGGCGGACGAAGCGGCGGACUGAUGAGCCGUUACUACCUGACGUUCGUGGCCGUGGUGGCCGUAGCCGCACUUACGGCCACGCUCGUCGGCUGGGCCUGGUACAAAAAGCGCAAGCGGGGGCAGUGGACCAACGUGCCGGCGUCGUCGCCGCUCAAGAACCGUUCGAUACUGAAGAACGGCGGUGGAGGCGGCAGGAGCGACAAGCGCAGACAUGUCAUGGUCAUGCCCGAGGGAAAGACUUACAGAGAAACGGAGUUGCAUGUGAUCGUGGAGCGCACGGGUUCGACAGACAGUCAGUACAGGUCUACGACUAAUUACCAACAUCAGAGAGCAACACAACCGUUGACCAGUGAUUUGUAA